AUGUUGCACCCUAAUGUUGACGAGUCAAGCGGCUCGGUUUGUCUGGAUGUCAUAAACGAAACGUGGACUCCGAUUUACACGCUCCUUAUGGCGGACAAGUCCUCAUACGAAAAGAAAGUAAGAGAACACGUCAAGAAGCAUGCCAGCAAGGAGGAAUGGACCAAGAAACGCGCCGACGCAAUGAUUACCGAAGAGAAGAACGACCCCGAGAUGGCGGACGAUGAAGACGUCCCAAGCGAUCUUGACGAUGAGGCGUACGAUAACUUUUAA